AUGAAGUUCGCCUACCAGUUCCAGCACCUGUGCGGCAGCGUCUACUCGCAGGGCAACGUGGUCUUCACGCCCGAUGGGAACUCCGUGCUCAGCCCCGUGGGCAACCGCAUCACCCAGUUCGACCUCGUCAACAACACGUCGCGGACCUUCGCCUUUGAGGCGCGCAAGAAUGUGGAGCGCAUCGCCGUCUCGCACGACUCGCGGCUGCUGCUGGCCGUGGACGAGGAGGGUCGCUGUCUGCUGGUCAACUUGAAGCGCGGCGCGGUGCUCUACCGCUUCCACUUCAAGCAGCCCGUGCGCGCGCUCAACUUCAGCCCCGACGACAAGUUCAUUGCCGUUGCGGUGGGCAACAAGACGCAACUCUGGCGCACCCCGGGGCUCGUGCGCGAGUUCGCGCCCUUCGUGCUGCACCGCACGUACACGGGCCACUACGCGGAUGUUGUGAGUGUGUCAUGGUCGCAUGACGGCAAGUUCUUCGUCACGGGAUCCGAGGACCUGUCGGCGCGCGUGUUCUCCGUGGACCCGUACCCGGGUUUCAAGCCCCUGACGCUCUCGGGACACCGCGACGUGGUGGUAGGAGCCUUCUUUGCCGAGAAUGACGAAUCGAUUUUCACGGUCGGACGCGACGGUGGUGCCUACGAGUGGAAAUACAAGCUGCCGGAUGUGGAGAUGACGGAACGCACGCCCGAUGAGAGUGACGACGAGGAGAGCGAAGAUGAUAACGUAGAAGAAGAGGAGGAGGAGAAGGAGGACAACAAGGAGGAAGACAAACAGGAGGACAAGGAAGAAAGCGAGAGCAGCGAAGACGAAAGCGAGGACGAAGCUGCAGGCAAGAAGCGCAAGCGUAAAUUCUCGGAGGACCGGACAGAGCCGAUCCCGGACAUCGCGCGUGCGAUUAAGUGGUACACGUGCCAGAAGCACGUGCUCAAGAUGGACUUCGCCAAGGUGUUGUGUUGCACCUUCCACUCGUCGACGGGCAUGCUCGUCGUGGGUUUCGGCAACGGCACCUUCGGCCUGUACGAGCUGCCCGCCUUUGUGAAUAUUCACACGCUGAGCGUCACGCAAAACCAGCUUGAGACUGUGGCGGUGAAUGCCACCGGAGAGUGGCUCGCCUUCGCUUCGCGCAAGCUUGGACAGCUGCUGGUCUGGGAGUGGCGCUCCGAGACGUAUGUGCUCAAGCAGCAGGGACACUACUUCGACCUGAACGCGGCCAGCUACUCGCCCGAUGGACGACUGCUUGCUACAGGUGCCGACGAUGCCAAACUCAAGCUUUGGGACACCAGCAGUGGCUUCUGCUACGUCACUUUCACCGAGCACUCCGCCCCCGUGACGGCGGUGCAGUUUGCUCCUUCAGGUCAGGCUGUCGUUAGUGCGUCUCUGGAUGGCACCGUGCGCGCGUUUGACCUGAACCGAUACAAGAACUUCCGUGUGCUCACCACCCCAGAGCCUACGCAGUUCCUGUCUCUGGCGCUGGACCCGAGUGGCCAGGUCGUGUGUGCUGGUUCGAUGGACCCUUUCAACGUGUACGUUUGGUCGCUGCAGACUGGCAGACUCACGGACGUCCUCAGCGGCCACUCUGGACCCGUGACGUCGCUGUCAUUUUCCCCGUCGUCUGCUGCCGAGCCCAUUCUGGCCUCUGCUUCAUGGGACCACACGGUGCGCCUCUGGAAUCUGUUCGCCAGCAAGAAGAGCUUCAUUGAGCCUCUCGCUCACGCUACGGACGUGUUGGCUGUGGCCUUCCGUCCGGAUGGCAAGCAGCUUGCCUCCACUACGCUCAACGGAGCGAUCAACAUUUGGGACGUCAAGGAAGGCGAGCAGGUUGGCACGAUUGACGGAAAGCGGGACAUUGCCGGCGGUCGCAAGGAAGGCGACCACAUCACGGCGGCGAACAAUCAGCUGUCCAAGCACUUUACCAGCGUCUGCUACUCAGCUGAUGGCUCGCUUCUGCUUGCUGGUGGACGCUCCAAGUUCGUGUGCAUCUACGCUGCUGGCCCGCAGAUUUUGCUCAAGAAGUUCCAGAUCUCGCACAACCUGUCACUCGAUGGCAUUCUGGACAAGCUCAACAGCAGGAACAUCACGGAGAGCGGAAUGAGCAAGAUCGAACUCGACGCUCACUUGGAUGACUCGGAGGCGUCUGGACGCACCCCCGGUAGCGCGCUGGUUGGUGCCAAACGCGCUGUGGACCCUGGCACUCGCCGCAAGAACAUGGAGGUGCUGUCCAAGGCCGUUCUUUUCUCCCCUACCGGUCGCGCAUGGGCUGCUGCUACUACGGAAGGUCUGUUGAUCUACGGUCUGGACGAAAGCCUGGCCUUCGACCCGUUCGAGCUGGACGAGGAUAUCACGCCCGAAACCAUCUCGAAGACGCUGGCACGCCGUGAGUAUGCGCGUGCAUUGGUGAUGGCGCUGCACUUGAAUGAGGAGCCGAUCAUUGCUCGUUGUGUGGAAGGCGUCCCGCUUGCUAGCAUUCCGCUUGUUGCGCAGACGCUGCGGGGCGAGAUGUACUUGCAGCGACUGCUGCAGCUGCUGGCCAAGCGAAUGGAUCGCAGUCCGCACCUCGAGUUCUACCUUCAGUGGAGUCUCGCUGUUCUCAACUCGCACGGCCAAACCCUGCGUGACGACCCCGCUAGCAGUGCUACGUGCCUACCGACACUGCGUUCACUUCAGAAGAGCAUCGCUCGCCACCUCCAGGAUCUUGCCAAGAUUUGCGAUGAUAACCAGUUCACGCUCAGUUACCUCAAGAACCUCAGCAAGAUGCAGCAGACCCAAUAG